GAAGGCAAUAGGCCACGAUUCUAAGUCAUUCUACAUGAUCAUGGCCAUCGCGACGCUUGGCGUGGUGAUUUCGUCUGUAGUCAGAGGCGGCUUACAGUCUGAUGAAAGCCAGCAAGAAGACUCUGCUAGAUUCAUCCCAUGCAGGCCUGCUAGUGGUAAUUUGAGAGUAGCUAGCUAGAUUUGAGCGUCCCUUGCAUCUGAGCGAUCUUUCCUGUGCCGUCCUGAGACAUGCUAGCCUGGAUUGCACUCGUAAGUGCCCAAGUGGCCUGAUGUCUCUGCCGCCUCUGGAUGCUGCGUGUGGCUUUUGUGUGGCGUGGGCAGUCUUUUCUUUUUCUCUUCUUGUUCCCUGGUCCAUGAUCGUAUGGAGGUUUGGACCCCAGGCGAUUGAGAUCGAUCAUCUAGAUUUGGACUUGUUAGUCUUGCAAUCUACCCGCAUCACGCCCACCGCGAACAAGGAGAAUUCGAGAAUUGCCAUUUGAGAUGAACAAUCUUGUGUCAGUGCGUAAG